UUAAGACCAUCUGCAGCCCAUCCCUGUAUCUCGUUUCGGUAUCCUUUGGCGGAACGAUUUAGCGAAAAAAAGUCCGCAGCCGGUUCCGCCACGGUCUCCGCUACGCUGGAGUAGACUCCCGGUUCCGGCAAAUACAGCGGAAUCCUUUCGUUCCUCCAUCGGUCCAUCCCCUGUUGCGACGUCGUCUCUCUCCCCCAGCCAAGUAUCUCGCGCGCUCGGCUGGAAGGGCGAAGGCGGAGGCGGAGCGCGGGCGAGGAGGUCCAAUCUUGGCGACUCUCCGGUUGGGCGCCCUGGAGAGGAAGACGGCGUGCAAGGCGACGGCAGCGGGAGGCGCUGCAAGCCUGGAGGAGCCAUGUCCUCUUCGUAGAUCUGAGGAGUGCGGCGGCGGAGGAGGGAGCGGGGCUGUCCCGGCCUACGAAGGGAAGGCGAGAGAGGAGAGCUCGCCUGAGAAGAAGUUGCCGGUGCCGUCCGUGCAGGCUGGGAAGCGGCGGCGGCCAGAUCCAGGCGGAUCCCGUACCUCGUCGGACGAGAGCUCCACCGGCCAUUUAGAGCGGGGGCGACGAAGCCGCAGGAUGGACCCAACCCAAUUCCAGCAGCCUGAUGGAAAUAAGCAUGGUGGCAAUCCUCCGUACCAAGGCGGCUUGAACCCGUACAUGUUUAUGUACUAGACCGGCCCAAGUGCUUGGAACCCCAAUCAGGUCAUGCAUCCGGGAAUGCCUCCCAUGACUGCAGCAGGUAUGUUUCCCAUGACUGCAGCAGGUAUGCCUCCACCCAAUGCUGGAGGUAUGCAUCCACACAUGUCACCACAAUUGCAGCCUUCAGCAAAUGUAGAUGAAAUGCACAAUCCAACGGAUGACGAGGUAGAGGAGGUAGCAAUUGUUGGUGGUCCAUCAAAUGGAGGUAGGAAAAGAGGGGGGCAGUAAUACCAAAUUGGCCAACUUUGCAGUAGAGGAAGAUGUCAACAUUGUGAGGUCAUGGCUAGAGAUAAGUUGUGACCCAAUUAUGAACACUGGCCAGAAGAGAGACAACUUCUGGGAUCGUGUUAUGAAACAAUACAAUGGGAGGCGGGGUUCAUUCCCAAAAAGGACGUUGAGGUCUGUCCAGUCUCGCUGGGAUAAGAUCAAACAAGAAGCAACGAAGUUCGCUGGGUACGUGGCAAAGGCUAUUCGGGAUGACGCUAGUGGGACAUCGGACGCUGAUAAGACAACCUUAGCAGCAUCCGACUUUGCUGCUAUUGAGGGAUACAAUUUUCAGUUCAUGCAUUGCUGGGACCUGAUGAAGGAUGAGCCCAAAUGGCAAGACGUAAAGCAGAGAAGUUCGAAAACAGUUGGUUCUAACACUAUUGACUUGGAUGGGGAUGAGGCAUCACCAGCAGGCACCGGCAAGAGGCCAAUUGGCAGGGAUGCAGCAAAAGCUUGCAAGAAGAAGUGUCCAUCUGGAUCGACAUCAUCUUCGGAAUACGCUUCCAAUCUGCAAGACCUCUCAUUGCAGAGGAUGACAAUGUGGCAAGAAGAAAAUUCAAAGAAAGUAAACCGCUUUGACCAUCUUGCAAGUAUUAAAGAAAAAAGGUUCGAUGAGACGCGUGAACACAACAAGUCCAUCCUACAGCUUGAGGAGGAGAAGAUAAAGAUCAUGCGCGACAAACUCAAUAUGCAGAUGCAAGAGAAGGAGAGGGAGAGACUUGAAAGAGAGAAGCAAGAAGAUGAGAGGAUUCUUAAGGUGGACCUUGAUUCUUGCGCACCUGAGCUUCGCAUGUAUUACGAGGCGCUUCGUGAGGAGAUACUGCACAAGGUGUCAGCAAGAAGGCAGAGGAGCCGCCAAGUGUGAACUAUCAAUUAUUUGUUGUAAGUCUUGAACUAUCAUUUAUUUAUUUGUGUGUUGUAAGUCUUGAACUAUUUAUUUGUUGUAAGUCUUGAACUAUCAUUUAUUUAUUUGUGUGUUGUAAGUCUUGAAUUAUUUAUUUGUUGUAAGUUUUGAACUAUUUAUUUGUUGUAAGUCUUGAUCAGUUUAUUUUA